AUGGACGACGCCGUCCUCUUCGACGACCUCGGUCCCUCCAAGGCCCCGCCGGCCUCCGUCUACGACGACAUGUUCGACUCCUACUUCAAUCGCACGGCUGAGGCCCCCGAGCCCUCACCCAAGGCUUCCUCCUCGCCGUCGACGCCGCCGCUCGUGUUCGACAAGCCCGUCUUCGACGAAGACCCGGACACGGCCGAUCCCUUCGACGCGAUCCCCUUGUUUGGAGGCGGCGGUGGCAGGGGAGGGGAGGACUUCCUGGGUAGCGUCGGGAUGACGGCGAAGCCGGAGAGGAGGGAUCCGGAUGCGGUGGGGCUUGAUGAAGACUUCAUCCCUGGGCUGGGUGGGAGCACCAGGUCGACGGAGCCGGUCAGGGAGGUGGACCAGGACCAUUACGGGGCAGUGUUUGGCGACGUUUUGGUCCCUGGACUUGGUGGGAGCAUGAAGACGGCGCCGCAAAUGGAGACUGAGACCAUGGGGUUUGAUGAUGGUGUGAUCCCUGGCUUUGGUGGAGGCAUGAACCAUCACGAUUUGGCAAGGGAGGAGCCUAUAAUGAGACAAGAAAGUGAACCAAUUUCAUCCAGCAAAAUGAGUGUGAGCAUGCCAGAAGAUCCUUUCAUCAUUUUAGGUGGUAUGCACAAAUCAGGAUAUUCAUCUUUUGGAUUGUUUUCAGAUCAUUUGGAUAACAUCAGCAUGCCUGCGAAGUCAGGGAACACAAAGGUUGACACGCCUGGUAAUACUAGUGGGAUGUUUCAGACUUCUGAUAUUUUUGCUGAGUUUCCAAAAGCUAUGCCAUCCUUUUCAUCUAUAUCUGAAAACAAGAGUGAUACAACUGAAAGGGGAUCUGUUGAUAACAUAAAUAGCAUGAGUCAUUCCAAUCAGAUGCCUCAGGAAAAGCCAGUCCAACUAGCUUCAACAGAAGCACCUGACAAUAUAUUGCCUGAGAUGAACAUCCCUGAGGCAUCUUUUAUCCAUGAAGUACCUAGCACCACUGGGUUUGAGACUUUAAACCCAUUUGCUGGUGAAGAUGAAUUGUUAGAGGAGAAUCAAUCUUCUAAAAUGCCUCAUGAUGUGUGGUUAACUGUUUCAGAUAUUGCUCUAGUGACACAGCCUACAAGUGCGCCGCCUCCUUCACACCCUCCACCUCCACUUGCCACCAGGAAAUCACCAACUGAAUCUGUAACUAGUGAAACAUAUGUUCAUCAUCGUAAUCAAGGCUACCAUCAUUCCGUAGGUUCUGCAAAGGUUUCUAAAACAUCCCAAAUUGAUGAACUGGAAGAUUUUUUCAUGGCGAAGCCUUUUAAGUUUGCCAAUGACCGUCCACAAGUUCUAAAGCAUGAAGAAAAGGAACAGUAUUCAUCUGCUGCUACUGCAAGUUUCAUGGAUUGGAGUGAGAUGGAACAUUCUACAGGGGUGAACCAAGGGGCUUUUGAUUCUAUGUUCACUAGCAGUCAAUAUCAACAGCCAGGACUAGAUAAGAAAGCAGAAUUCUGUGCUCAUGAAAAAGAAACUACAGACGAAGAGAGAUUGGAUAAUGAACAAGUACAAAGAGAACGUGAAAAGGAGCAAAGAAGAGCAGAAAGGGAGAGGGAAGAAGAACUUGAGAGGGAAAGGGAAAAGGUGAGACGAAGGGAACAAGAGGAGCGGAAGAGGCGUGAACAAGAGAGAGAGGCCAGGCAGGCUGUAGAGAAGGCAGUACAGGAGGUACGUGAAAGAGCAGCUGCUGAAGCACGCAUGCAAGCUGAGAAGGAGGCUCGUCAAAGAGCAGAGCGAGCUGCAGUACAGAAAGCAGCAGCAGAAGCUCGUGAGAGAGCUGCGGUGCAGGCAAGGGAAAGAGUUGCAAAGGCUGCUGCAGAAGCUAAGGAAAGAGAAGCAGCAGAGACUAGGGAAAGAGCUGCCAAAGCUGCUGCAGAAGCAAGGGAAAGAGCUGCUGCUGAAGCUAGGGAAAAGGCAGCAGCAGAAUCACAGGAGAAAGCGGCUGCAGAAGCUCGGGCAAAAGCUGAGCGAGCUGCUGUAGAGAAAGCGGCUGUAGAAGCACAAAGAAGGGCUGAAAGAGCAGCUUUUGAGAAGGUUGCUGCUGAAGCUCGGCAAAGGGCUGCUAAUGAAGCUAGAGAAAAGGCUGCAGCUGAAGCACGGGCAAGAGAAAAUCAGCAAAGAAGAGCAACAGCAGAACCUGAUCUCGAGUCAUUCUUUGGUAUGCCUUCUAGAUCAAGCAGUGUACCGAGAUCACAGACCGCAACAAUGAAUCCUUUUGAUAUUCAACCUCAUGGUACUGCUGGUUCUGGCGAUGUAAGGAGGACAUCUUCCAGUUCAUCUUCUCCAUUCACUCAGCCAUCGCCAAGCAAUCUUAUGGAUGACCUAUCUUCUAUAUUUGGAGCACCUUCAUCAUCUGCUGUAUUUCAAGAAAUGGAUGGAGAGAGUGAAGAAAGAAGGAAGGGAAGAUUGGAUCGUCACCAAAGGAUAAUGGAGCGUGCGGCAAAAGCUCUUGCUGAGAAAAAUGAGCGCGACUUGCAAGCUCAGCGGGAGCAGGAAGAGCGACAUAGAAUUGGUGAAUCACUUGAUUUCGAGGUAAAGAGGUGGGCUGCUGGAAAAGAAGGCAACCUACGGGCCUUGUUAUCAACAUUGCAAUAUGUUCUUUGGCCUGAAUGUGGUUGGCGGCCUGUAUCACUGACCGAUCUGAUUACAGCUGCUGCUGUCAAGAAAGAAUACAGGAAAGCGACAUUGUGCAUCCAUCCUGAUAAGGUGCAGCAAAAGGGUGCAAAUCUUCAGCAAAAGUACAUUGCAGAAAAGGUGUUCGACCUUCUGAAGGAAGCAUGGAACAAAUUCAACUCAGAAGAACUCUUCUAACAUCUUGAUUAGGAAAGAUGUUGGUAAUUUUAUCUAUUGCAAAGGAUGCACAGGGAAGGACACAAAUGGUGAGCUAUGGUUGAUAUUUUCAUUCUUUUCCAUUAUAUGAUACAUAGUUCUGUUACAUUUCACUUAUAUCCUUGUUUCCGGUUUCUUAUUUGUUCUAUUAAUUGGCACCUGUAACCAUAUUUGUGUUUUAUAGCUUUGUAUUUUGUUGUCCCGUUGGUGGUGUAAGUAAACCUGUAGAAAUACAAUCCUGUAAAUCAAGUGAUGCAAGUGAAAGGUUCAAUUUUUGACAA